UGACCGAAACGACCAAGGGGCGGUGGCGGCGGCGGCGGCGGCGGCGGCGGGACCGUGACGGGUGGUGCGGCGCGGAAGCGCGAGCCGCUGCCAUGCCGCUGGAGCUGGAGCUGUGUCCCGGGCGCUGGGUGGGCGGGCAGCACCCAUGCUUCAUCAUUGCCGAGAUCGGCCAGAACCACCAGGGCGACCUGGACGUGGCCAAGCGCAUGAUCCGCAUGGCCAAGGAGUGUGGUGCUGACUGUGCCAAGUUCCAGAAGAGUGAGCUGGAGUAUAAGUUUAAUCGGAAAGCCUUGGAGAGGCCAUAUACUUCGAAGCAUUCCUGGGGGAAGACGUACGGGGAGCACAAACGCCACCUGGAAUUCAGCCACGCCCAGUACAAGGAGCUGCAGAAAUACGCCGAGGAGGUUGGCAUCUUCUUCACUGCCUCCGGCAUGGAUGAGAUGGCAGUUGAGUUUCUGCAUGAACUGAACGUUCCAUUUUUCAAAGUUGGAUCUGGGGACACUAACAACUUCCCUUAUCUGGAAAAGACAGCCAAAAAAGGCCGCCCAAUGGUCAUCUCCAGUGGGAUGCAGUCCAUGGACACCAUGAAGCAAGUCUAUCAGAUUGUGAAGCCCCUCAACCCCAACUUCUGCUUCCUCCAGUGCACCAGUGCGUACCCGCUCCAGCCUGAGGACGUCAACCUGCGCGUCAUCUCGGAAUAUCAGAAGCUCUUUCCUGACAUUCCCAUAGGGUAUUCUGGGCAUGAAACAGGUAUAGUGAUAUCUGUGGCCGCAGUGGCUCUGGGGGCCAAGGUCUUGGAGCGUCACAUAACUUUGGACAAGACCUGGAAGGGGAGUGACCACUCGGCCUCGCUGGAGCCUGGAGAGCUGGCCGAGCUGGUGCGGUCUGUGCGCCUCGUGGAGAGGGCCCUGGGCUCCCCGACCAAGCAGCUGCUGCCCUGUGAGAUGGCCUGCAAUGAGAAGCUGGGCAAGUCUGUGGUGGCCAAAGUGAAAAUUCCGGAAGGCACCAUUCUAACACUGGACAUGCUCACUGUGAAGGUGGGUGAGCCCAAAGGCUACCCUCCUGAAGACAUCUUCAAUCUGGUGGGCAAGAAGGUCCUGGUCACUGUGGAAGAAGACGACACCAUCAUGGAGGAAUCGGUAGAAAAUCAUGGCAAAAAAAUCAAGUCUUAAAAUAAAGUGCCAUUCUCUGAAUUCUGGAUUGCCUUGCUGGUGCCGUCAGGUACAUUUGGGUGAGGUGGGGCAGGAGUGGUGGUCUCCGCGGAUCUGGCUUUCAUCCACUCCCCACCCAGACAGCAGACAUUCAGGGGCUAGGCACUGGGUCAAGCCCGUUGGAGGGAUACAGAGAGCAAAUACGGGCGGCCUCUGCCUCGGGCUGGCUGGCCCAGAAGGGGCGGUGGGCUCAGAAGCAUCUCAUCACUGCCCAGUGGCAGUGAGGGUGCAGAGGAUUGAGUGCUGGCUGUAUGGGCCGUCUCCUUUCAGCCUUCCUUCUUCCUGCCUGCAAAACCAACCCUAAUGACCCCAAAUAUCUCUUCCUUCCAUCUCUCUCUCCUUAACCCCUGCCCGCCCUGGGGUUGAGUCUAGUUAGCUGUAUAGCCAUCACUAGGCAUUAGAGAAGGGGUUGGCCAAAGUGUUUUGCAGGCACAGGAUGCCAAAGCACUCAUAGCUCUGAGCAAAGAGAGGGAAAUGGCAUUUAUUUCUUCUUUAAACAAAUAUGGAGGGCCUACUAUGUGCCAGGCCCUGCUUUGAGGCCUGAGGAUACAGCAGUGAAUCCCUUCCUUAUGGGACUUCCGUUCAGAUGGGGACAGAUGCUCCACAAACCAGGAGCACGGUAAAGUAAACCACAGUACGUCAGAAGGUGACACGUGCAGUGGGGCACGUGAGGGAGCUGGGGAGUGUGGGGCUUGGUGUAUAUGCAGCUUGUGGUGACUUGUAAGUAUGCUGGCGAUGCUGAAAUCAGCCCUUCCAUGAUCCGUCAUGAAAUUACAAACCCAGCUAACAAAAGAUCCUCACUGUUGGACUUCCUUUAACUGCAGCAUGAACCCUUCACAGAGAUUCCAUAUCAUAUUCCUCUUUGUUCUUUUGAACCAAUACUGAGAUUAAUGAUUAUUUUCAAAUAUACUUUCAAAUUCUUAA